AUCGGCUGCUUCUGGCGCGCGCAAGGCCGCGCGCGACUCCCGCGGGCCACUCCCUCCGUCUCGCGCUAGGCAGCCCCUCCCGCGCACGCGCACUUGCCCACCCCGUUCCCUCAGCCCGGUCGCAGGCUGCCUGGUGCCGUCUCGCGUCGCAGCCACCGCAGUAGCGGCAUUUCUUAGGGGCGCACGCGCACUAUGGCCUCCGCGCCCGUUCCCAGCCAGAGGCCGCGGUAGUGGCACUGAGCCCCACGGGUGCGUAGACGCCCUCGCCUCAUCUCCUGCCUGGCGCCGGUUAUCCCCUUGCGGCGCGCGCCCAGGGGCCGUUAUCCUCCUGCAACGGUCCGCGUGCCACGCACGCGCACUUGGCGAGGGGCGCGCGCGGCGGGAGCGGCGGCCGCAGGAAGGAGGCGCCGCCGCCGCCAUUGCGAGGGAGGGAGGGAGCGAGCGAGCGAGGCUGGUCCGCCCUCCCCCUGGUUCCCGCCCCUCCCCCCUUCCCCUCCCCGCCCCCCCGCCCCGAGGGAGAGCCGCGGCGCGGCGGGAGGAGGAGGUGGAGGAGGCGGAGGAGGGAGCCCGCGAGGGAGGGUCCGCCCGGCCCCCCGCCGCCGGAGCCGCCGCCGCCGCCGCCGCCGCCGCCGCCGCCUCAGCCGCCGCUGGACGAGGAGCAGCAGAACAUGGCGCCGGGGCCGCCGUCGCCUCUGCUGGGAUCCUGGAGGCCGGAGCCGCGCUGAGGGCGCCCAGCUGGAAGAAAUGUUUACUAUCUGGCGAUGAGAAGUGGUGAAAACUGACCUCGUGCUGGUGUACAAACACUAUGGGACCUGACACUUUGACCUCGUGGGCAGCCGGCCCCCACUGAUAAUGUGGGGAAACCAUCAGGUCCACUGGAAAACACUAAUCUGAUCUUGGAAGUGGCCGAUUGUGGCAGGAUGUGUCGACGAUGAUGAUGGCAAGAAAGCAAGAUGUCCGCAUUCCCACCUACAACAUCAGUGUGGUGGGAUUGUCUGGGACCGAGAAGGAGAAGGGCCAGUGCGGCGUUGGGAAGUCUUGCCUGUGCAACCGCUUCGUGCGCCCGAGUGCUGAUGAGUUUCACUUGGACCAUACCUCUGUCCUCAGCACCAGUGACUUUGGCGGGCGAGUGGUCAAUAAUGACCACUUUCUCUACUGGGGAGAAGUUAGCCGUUCCCUGGAGGAUUGUGUGGAAUGUAAGAUGCACAUUGUGGAGCAGACUGAGUUCAUCGAUGAUCAGACUUUUCAACCUCAUCGAAGCACGGCCCUGCAGCCCUAUAUCAAGAGAGCUGCUGCAACCAAGCUCGCAUCAGCUGAAAAACUCAUGUACUUUUGCACUGACCAGCUGGGGCUGGAGCAGGACUUUGAGCAGAAACAGAUGCCGGAUGGAAAGCUGCUGAUUGAUGGUUUUCUUCUUGGUAUUGACGUUAGCAGGGGCAUGAAUAGGAACUUUGAUGACCAGCUCAAGUUUGUGUCCAAUCUCUACAAUCAGCUUGCGAAAACAAAAAAGCCCAUAGUGGUGGUCCUGACUAAGUGUGAUGAGGGCGUUGAGCGGUACAUUAGAGAUGCACAUACUUUUGCCUUAAGCAAAAAGAACCUCCAGGUUGUGGAGACCUCAGCAAGAUCCAACGUAAACGUGGACUUGGCUUUCAGCACCUUAGUGCAACUCAUUGAUAAAAGUCGGGGAAAGACGAAAAUCAUUCCUUAUUUUGAAGCUCUCAAGCAGCAGAGUCAGCAGAUAGCUACAGCGAAAGACAAGUAUGAGUGGCUGGUGAGUCGCAUUGUGAAGAGCCACAACGAGAAUUGGCCGAGUGUCAGCCGAAAGAUGCAGGCCUCUCCUGAGUACCAGGACUAUGUCUACCUGGAAGGUACUCAGAAAGCCAAGAAGCUGUUUCUCCAGCACAUCCACCGCCUCAAGCACGAGCACAUUGAGCGCAGGAGAAAGCUGUACCUCGCAGCCCUGCCGUUAGCCUUUGAAGCUCUUAUACCCAGUCUAGAUGAGAUAGACCACCUGAGCUGCAUAAAAACCAAAAAGCUCUUGGAGACCAAGCCAGAAUUCCUGAAGUGGUUUGUCGUGCUCGAAGAGACACCGUGGGAUGCCACCAGCCACAUUGACAAUAUGGAGAACGAGCGGAUUCCCUUUGACUUGAUGGAUACCGUCCCUGCCGAGCAGCUGUACGAGGCCCACUUAGAGAAGCUGCGGAACGAGAGGAAAAGAGCUGAGAUGAGAAGGGCAUUUAAAGAAAACCUGGAGACCUCUCCCUUCAUAACUCCCGGAAAGCCUUGGGAAGAGGCCCGUAGUUUCAUUAUGAACGAAGAUUUCUACCAGUGGCUGGAAGAAUCCGUAUACAUGGAUAUUUAUGGCAAACACCAAAAGCAAAUUAUAGACAGAGCAAAGGAAGAGUUUCAGGAGCUGCUUUUGGAAUAUUCAGAGUUGUUUUAUGAGCUGGAGCUGGAUGCUAAGCCCAGCAAGGAGAAGAUGGGUGUCAUUCAGGAUGUUCUGGGGGAGGAACAGCGAUUUAAAGCAUUACAGAAGCUCCAAGCGGAGCGUGAUGCCCUUAUCCUGAAGCACAUUCAUUUUGUGUAUCACCCAACCAAGGAAACGUGCCCUAGCUGCCCAGCUUGUGUGGAUGCUAAGAUCGAGCACUUGAUUAGUUCUCGGUUUAUCCGACCAUCUGACCGGAAUCAGAAAAAUUCACUGUCUGACCCCAACAUUGAUAGGAUCAACUUGGUUAUCUUAGGCAAAGAUGGCCUCGCACGUGAGUUGGCCAAUGAGAUUCGAGCUCUUUGUACAAAUGAUGAUAAGUAUGUGAUAGAUGGUAAAAUGUAUGAGCUUUCCCUGAGGCCGAUAGAAGGGAAUGUCAGGCUUCCCGUGAACUCUUUCCAAACGCCAACAUUUCAGCCCCACGGCUGCCUCUGCCUUUACAAUUCAAAGGAAUCUCUAUCCUAUGUGGUGGAGAGUAUAGAGAAGAGUAGAGAGUCCACACUUGGCAGGCGAGAUAACCAUUUAGCCCAUCUUCCCCUGACGUUGAUCUUAGUUAACAAGAGAGGAGACACCAGUGGAGAGACCCUGCAUAGCCUAAUACAACAAGGUCAGCAGAUUGCUAGCAAACUUCAGUGUGUCUUUCUCGACCCUGCUUCUGCUGGCAUCGGUUAUGGACGCAACAUUAAUGAAAAGCAAAUCAGUCAAGUUUUGAAGGGACUCCUGGACUCCAAGCGUAACUUAAACCUGGUCAGUUCUACUGCUAGCAUCAAAGAUCUGGCUGACGUUGACCUGCGAAUUGUCAUGUGUCUGAUGUGUGGCGAUCCUUUCAGUGCAGAUGACAUACUCUAUCCUGUCCUUCAGUCCCAGACCUGUAAGUCUUCCCAUUGUGGAAGCAACAACUCUGUUUUACUUGAACUACCGAUCGGACUCCACAAGAAGCGCAUCGAACUGUCUGUUCUUUCGUACCAUUCCUCAUUUAGCAUCAGAAAAAGCCGGUUGGUCCAUGGGUACAUUGUUUUUUAUUCAGCCAAACGUAAGGCCUCCUUGGCUAUGUUACGUGCCUUUCUUUGUGAAGUGCAGGAUAUUAUCCCCAUUCAGUUGGUCGCACUCACUGACGGCGCUGUAGAUGUCCUGGACAAUGACUUAAGUCGGGAACAGCUGACCGAAGGGGAGGAGAUUGCUCAAGAGAUUGACGGGAGGUUCACAAGCAUCCCUUGUAGCCAACCCCAGCACAAACUUGAGAUCUUCCACCCAUUUUUUAAGGAUGUGGUGGAUAAAAAGAACAUAAUCGAGGCUACUCAUAUGUACGAUAACGCUGCCGAGGCCUGUAGCACCACGGAAGAGGUGUUUAACUCCCCCCGAGCGGGCUCUCCACUCUGCAACUCCAACCUGCAGGAUUCAGAAGAGGAUAUCGAGCCGCCUUCUUACAGCUUGUUUCGAGAAGACACGUCACUGCCCUCUCUGUCCAAAGACCAUUCUAAGCUCUCUAUGGAACUGGAGGGAAAUGAUGGGCUGUCGUUCAUCAUGAGCAAUUUUGAGAGUAAACUGAACAACAAAGUACCUCCACCAGUCAAACCAAAGCCUCCUGUCCAUUUUGAGAUCACAAAGGGGGAUCUGUCUUAUUUAGACCAAGGCCAUAGAGAUGGGCAGAGGAAGUCUGUGUCUUCUAGCACCUGGCUACCUCCGGAUGGGUUUGAUCCUUCCGAUUAUGCUGAACCCAUGGAUGCUGUGGUCAAGCCAAGGAACGAAGAAGAAAACAUAUAUUCAGUGCCCCAUGACAGCACCCAAGGCAAAAUCAUCACCAUUCGGAAUAUCAACAAAGCCCAGUCCAACGGCAGUGGCAACGGUUCCGACAGUGAAAUGGACACCAGCUCUCUAGAGCGAGGCCGCAAGGUGUCCAUCGUGAGCAAGCCCGUGCUGUACAGGACGAGAUGCAGCCGGCUAGGGAGGUUUGCUAGUUAUCGAACCAGCUUCAGUGUGGGGAGCGAUGAUGAGCUAGGGCCCAUUCGGAAAAAAGAGGAGGAUCAGGCAUCUCAAGGUUAUAAAGGGGACAAUGCCGUCAUUCCAUAUGAAACAGACGAAGACCCAAGGAGGAGGAAUAUUCUUCGCAGUCUACGGAGGAACACUAAGAAACCAAAGCCCAAACCCCGGCCGUCCAUCACAAAGGCAACCUGGGAGAGUAACUAUUUUGGGGUGCCCUUGACAACUGUCGUGACUCCAGAGAAGCCCAUCCCUGUGUUUAUUGAGAGAUGUAUUGAGUACAUUGAAGCCACAGGACUGAGCACAGAAGGGAUCUACCGGGUCAGCGGGAAUAAGUCGGAGAUGGAGAGUCUGCAGAGACAGUUUGAUCAAGACCACAACCUGGAUUUGGCAGAGAAAGACUUUACAGUGAAUACCGUGGCUGGUGCCAUGAAGAGCUUUUUCUCAGAGCUGCCAGACCCCCUGGUCCCGUACAACAUGCAGAUUGAUCUGGUGGAGGCACACAAAAUCAAUGACCGGGAGCAGAAGUUACAUGCCCUUAAGGAAGUACUCAAGAAAUUUCCAAAGGAAAACCACGAAGUCUUCAAAUACGUCAUCUCUCACCUGAACAAAGUCAGCCACAACAACAAGGUGAAUCUCAUGACCAGUGAGAACCUCUCCAUCUGCUUCUGGCCCACCUUGAUGAGACCCGACUUCAGCACCAUGGACGCCCUCACGGCCACGCGGACCUACCAGACAAUCAUCGAGCUCUUCAUCCAGCAGUGCCCCUUCUUCUUCCACAAUCGGCCCAUCAGUGAGCCUCCCGGUGCCACGCCCAGCUCCCCCUCCGCCGUGGCUUCCACCGUCCCCUUCCUCACCUCCACACCUGGCACGAGCCAGCCGUCACCCCCCCAGUCGCCUCCACCCACGCCCCAGUCUCCCAUGCAGGCCCUGCUCCCCUCCCAGCUGCAAGCCGAACACACGCUGUGAGCCACCGAGGCCUGGGGCCAAAGGUGACCUUCUCUCUUCCGCGGGGUGGCAUGCGGCCUUGAACAAAACCAGGUCCACUGGGGUAGGAGUGGGGAGAGUG